UCCAGCUGGGUUAAGAGUGACUUUGCAGAGACUGGUGCCUAGAUUAAACUGACCAGUUUCCUCACCCGAGUGACAAAAACAAGGGAUCCCAAAAACUAGCUCAUUUCCUUCAUUUCCCUGCGGAAUGAAACCCAUGAUCUUCAGUUCCUCAGAGAAGUGAAAGCAGCAACAAGGAAUCCAGUAAUUCCUGUUAUCUGCAGGCUUAACAAGUCAGCCGAGCCUGAGGCGGUGGCCAGGAGCCCGCUCUCCAGACACUGCCGUCCUCUCUUCAAGCCCUGAAGCCAGAGGAGCCGGGGAUGCCUCUGCCGCUGGCCUCCCUGCUGCUUCUCCUCCUCUCCACCCACAGCGCCCUGGCCCUGAGGAUCUGCUCCUUUAAUGUGAGGUCCUUUGGGGAAUCCAAGAAGGCAAACUGUAAUGCCAUGGAUGUCAUUGUGAAGGUCAUCAAACGCUGUGACAUCAUACUCCUGAUGGAAAUCAAGGACAGAAACAACAUAAUCUGUCCCACACUGAUGGAGAGACUGAACGGAAAUUCAAGAAGAGGCAAAACAUAUAACUACGUGAUUAGCUCUCGUCUUGGAAGAAACACAUACAAAGAACAGUAUGCCUUUCUCUAUAAGGAAAAGCUAGUGUCUGUGAAAGCAAGCUACCUCUACCAUGACUAUCAGGCUGGCGAUGCAGAUGUAUUUUCCAGGGAACCCUUUGUGGUCUGGUUCCAGUCACCCCACACCGCUGUCAAGGACUUCGUGAUUGUUCCCCUGCACACCACCCCUGAGACAUCCGUUCAAGAGAUUGACGAGCUGGCUGAUGUCUAUGUGGAUGUGAAACGUCGCUGGAAGGCGGAGAAUUUCAUUUUCAUGGGUGACUUCAAUGCCGGCUGCAGCUACGUCCCCAAGAAGGCCUGGAAGAACAUCCGCCUGAGGACCGACCCCAAGUUCAUUUGGCUGAUCGGGGACCAAGAGGACACCACGAUCAAGAAGAGCACAAACUGUGCCUAUGACAGGAUCGUGCUUAGAGGACACGAGGUUGUCACCUCUGUUGUUCCUCAAUCAAACAGCAUCUUUGACUUCCAGAAAGCUUACAGGUUGACCGAAGAGAAGGCCCUGGAUGUCAGCGACCACUUUCCAGUUGAAUUUAAACUUCAGUCUUCAAGGGCCUUCACCAACAGCAAAGAAUCUGUCUCUCCAAAGAAGAAAAAAAAGACCAGUCGCGCCUAG